AUGGAGAAUCCUCAGGAGGUAAAAGAGCUCCGCAACAAGUUGCGGAUGAUGAAAUUCCCUCAGGAUGAUAUCCUUAACACAGUUCGUAAACAACAAAGAGCAAUUGAUAAGCAAAAACAGGCAAAUGAAACGAUUAAAAUGCAAAUAACGAAGUAUGAAGAAGAAAUCGAAGGAUAUGAGAAAAACAUACGAGAUUACAAAUCAAGUGAAGAACGUCAGAACCUUGUUGCCAAAAAGAAAAACCUAACAAAUAAAUUAGGAAUUUUACAAGCCGAUUUUAAGGCUGAAGAUGAUAAAAGAAGAAGACUCGAAGAACAAGUCUCCAAAGCAAGAUCAAGAGCAGGCGGUAUGUUUGCUCAAGCCCAAGAAAAUGAAAAUCUUCAAUUUAAAGUGCGCACAAUCGAAAACAGACUUGACCAAGCACUCAACGCUUACAAUAAGCAACUUAAGAAACUCGAUGCAUCAAGAACACAAAUUGAAGAACUUAUUCAAGAAAGGCAAAAUUUCAACGAAGUUUACGGAAAAUUAGAUAAAGAACAAACACGUAAUGCAGAUAACAUUGCAUCUCUUAUCGACCAAUCAAAUAAAUCAUAUACAAUCCGUGAUCAAAAGAAAAUUGAUCUCGUUUUACUUCAAAAAGAAGAAAAACAAGAUCAAGCUGAAGAUGAAGCAGAAUUAAAUCGUCUUAAUCAAAUGAUUGAAGGCCAAAGCCUUCUUGCAAUGCAUCCUCAUGCAGAGCAAGCUCCAAUUCCAUCAUUAUCAAGUCAAAGCACAAACCAAACUGAUCAACAGGAAGAAUUGCAGAAGGAAAUUGAUACAAAGUCAUCAUUGGUAAAUCAAAUUAUUACAGCUAACAAAUGCCAGAAAUUAGAUGAAUUAUUUGAUAAAUUAGCAAACUUUGAGAAUGAAAACUAUUCAUUGUUUAACUUUGUUGUUCAACGUGGUGCCGAAAAAUCUAGUUUGAUCGAUGAAAUCGAUGCUCUAACACAAAGAUCAUCUGAACUCGAUUCAAAUGUUGAAUUGACAGAAGAACAACAGAAUGCAAAGCUUAAAGUUCUUGCAGAACAAAUGGAAAACACUGAGAAGGGCCUUGCUACUCAUUCAGCAAUUAAAGAUACAAAUGAUGCUCAAAUCAAGAAAGUAUAUGAAUCCCUUGAGGAAUUAUAUGUUACAUUAGAAUUGCCUUGGGAUGGUAUGCCAGAUGAAAAGAAGCAUGUUACUCCACUCAAUUCAUCAUACUGCCUCACACAGAUUGAAAACAAACUUGCAGCAUUUAUGGAUGAAGUUCUUGCAAACACAACUAAUAUUUCUGUUGAUUCAAGAGAAUUUUCAUCAAGUGGAGAUAGGAAGCUUAGCUCACAGAGAACAAUUCUUAUUCCUAAUUCUUCUAAAGUAUUUGAUGUAUCUACAGACCGCAAUGGUUCUGAAAAGGAUCUUCUCGCUGGUGUUAUGAAGCCAUUGUCUGUUGAAGAAAUGAGAGCUAAAGUCGGUUUAAAGCUCAAUUAA